AUGCGUAGUAAACUGUUCACUUCCGGAUAGUUGAAAAUAACGUAAUAAUAAUCUUCUGGGUUGUUUUUCAUGAAUCAACCAAGAUGAACAUAGGUACAGCCACCAGUGAGGAGAACCCUACCCACUCCUACCUAAAUAGCAAGGGAAUCUGGUUCACUUACACGCUGGUUAUCCUCCUUUUCCAUCUUAUGCUCCUUAGUGUUCCGUUUUUCUCUGUAGCUGUAGCAUGGACACUGACAAAUAUUGUACACGAUGUGGGAAUGUUUUAUUGUUUGCAUGUUACAAAAGGCACCCCAUGGGGUACACCAGAACAGGGACAAGCUCGAACACAAACUCAGUGGGAACAAAUUGAUUAUGGUCGGCAAUUCACGCCUACUAAAAAGUUCCUAACAAUUGUUCCAAUUGUGUUGUUUUUCCUGGCAAGUUUCUACACAAAGUAUGACAAAGUACAUUUUAUAAUCAAUGCCAUUGCACUAGGCUGGAGUGUCGUUCCAAAAUUCCCACAAUUCCAUGGUGUCCGACUUUUUGGAUUCAACAAAUUUUGAUCAACCUGUGAUCAAAAGAGUGAUGAUUUAAAGACAAAAGACAUGUUGAACCAUGUAGUGUUCGUAGUACCACGGGAGCAAAACAGAAAUACUUUGUGGAAAGAGAUUCACUGAGGGAACUUUUUAUGUCACUGAUCAGGCAGCCAUAGUAAGCUAUGUUGUACAGUGUUGAGAAGUAAGCCUUUGUAGAGCAAUUAUAUGUUAUAGUAUUUUAAUAUUUGACUUGAAAAUGUUUUGAAUCUUUUCCUUAACCCAGUCAGAGGCUGUCAGUGUUGAAAUCUCAAAAUAUUGUAUUUUCUAAAUUUAUUUUUCCAUUGAAUAAAUAAUUUAAUCAAAAGGUGCAAUACCUGACUGAAAAUAGAAGUACAAAUGUAUAAAAAAAACAUGAAUUCAAGAAGUUCAGAAUUAAAUAAUAAAAACAAAAAUUCUAAUAAGAUAACAAAACAAAUAUUCCAAAAGUCCAUCAUGUAUGCAUUACCAAGAAGGUUUUGUAUGUAUGAAUUAAUUUACUUGAAAUUGAAAUAAGUUCUCAAUGGAAUUUUUGUAUCAGUGAAGUAUAAAGUAUAUUUACAGUUUGAGGUAAUAAGUCAUUUCAGAAACUUGCUAUCAAAGCUGCCAAUUUAUUUAGUUUUCCCUUGAAUUUCUCUUGUAGUACAAGUCUACUUUGGGAGAUAUAUUUUUAGUUGAUAAACUUCACUUGGUCUCUUUUAGCAUUGAACAUAUAAAAAAAGGAAAAGUUGUUUUUGAAUACAGUGGACCCGCGAUAAUCCGGACGCCGAUAGUCCGGAAAACUCACAGUCCGGACGAAAAUGCACUGGAACGGAUUUCCGUAAAGUUAUUUGUACUCACCAGUCAGGAAAUUCGGAGUCCGAUUCCGGAAGCCCAUUUUGGGAACGGAACAUACUUUUCAUUAGUAAAUUUCCCUCAAUAAUACGGACAAUUUUUUCACCAUGAGGAGAAAAAAAAUGUCGGAGCAAGUCACCC